CAGGUCCACCUCGAGUGACUCAUUAACCAACUCUUCACCCGAUCCCGACUCAAAUGGCUCGUACAAAAGCAACAUCGAAGUCCGCUCGUACAAGUCCAGUGAAGGCCGCGAGAAUGACUGCAAGCAAACAUAACGAAAUGGCUCGUACAAAAGCAGCAAUGAAGGCUGGUCUUAAGCCAAGAAUGGCCGCGAGAAUGACUUGUAGUCGUCCUUCCCCGUCCCCGCGUCCUAGUCCUGUCGCGAAAUCGCGUCGCAUAACUGCCGGCUACUCAGGACUCAGUGGAGAUCUCACAGAACAAGACGACGUUCCUAGCCAAGCUUGAUUAUCCAAGAUGGACAGCGUCGAAAAGAUUGAUUGGGAAACGCGUGGAACCGGCGAGGUCACCACAUAUGAAGUUGGAGAGGAUGUUGUGGUUGUACCCCUCAGCAAAGCAAUUGGCAAACGAAGUCGACAUGACCUGACUGAAGUCGAGUUGUGGAGAGGACGAAUUCUGGAGAUCCGCAUUCCCAAGCCUAAAUCUGGAUCUUCGAAUGAGAAGAAACAACCAAAGUAUGCGUGGGUGGUGCUCGCUUGGUACUAUUCCCCCCUGACGUAUAAUACCAUGGGAGCGCCACAAGACUUGAAAGGAUACCGAAAGAAUGACUUCGGAACUUAUGAACUGAUCUAUGCCCCUACACAUACCGACCCGGUACACAUCGAAACCCUGAAUGGGAAGGAAGAGAUCUACCAGUACGGCGAGGGAGAUCAUGAUGCAGACGAGAUCCCGACAGACGCUUUCUAUACUAGAUCCGAGUUCCAUACUGAUGUUAAUAAAUGGGUGGAAGGACCACCUCCUCGUGAAUGUGUGUGCAAGCAGACGUACAAGCUGUACGAAGAUGAGGUCAUGUACUACUGCCCGCGUUCCGCGUGUCGCACCUGGUAUCACCAGUCAUGCUUAGAUAAAGGAAAUUACCGCAUGCGCGUACCCGACAUAUCUAAACUCGAGGAUGAAUAGGAAUCUACGCUGGAUGAAGAAGUCGUCGAUCAAAUUCGGAAGGAAGUCGAAAAGCUGCCGCGAGGCGAUAGCACCGAGGUCCCGGAACGCCUUGCUAGUUACGCUCGUCGCCCGAUCAUGAAAGGUGGAGAAGUCGGUACAAGCGGCAACUUUGGUACUGCAAUGCGUGCUCGCUGGUUGAUCCAACAAGCCCGGAAAGGCAUUUCACUUCCGAUGGAGUGGAGGGACGUUUGCAAGUACAAACAUCAAGAUCACCAUGGCCGCAACAGCACAAUCAGGAAGCGACGUUCGAUGAUGCCUCAUUUUGAGCUGGAGAGGCAGGGCCCAAUCUGUUAUCCUACAUCUGU